AAAACGUCUAGGUGACUUUUUGUUCAUUGAUUCCAAAGACACAAUCAGCCCCCGCUAUUUAGUGGAUACUAAGCUCUGGGGCUACCUGGAAGAACCACGCAGACACUCUUCCUGCCUUCAACAGCUUACAGUUAAGUUUUGGUAGCAAACAUUUGAAACAUAACGAAGCUUUUGGUUACUUAAAAGAAUUCUAUGGUGUUAGGGGGUAACACAAACCUGUUUUGUAAACCUAUAUCUUUAUACAGGGAAUAUGCUUAAUCUUGCUACAGUAUACAGGAAUGCGGGAAUGUUUCUUCCUCUGGGCUGCCUUUCAUACCACCUGGCUGGAUGGAACACCUGUUCACUCCACUUUCCACUUGGGCUACAAACCUGAAAUGAAAUCUUUGCAACCAGUACAGCCUCCGCGGGGCGGGGCCCAGUCCUUCCCCCUUCGGAUGCGCAGAAGCAGAGGUCACCGCGCUGGACCCCUCGAUUUCCUAGCGGGCGGUUCCCGGCUCCUUCACCACCCCAGCGCUUCAAGACCCCCCGCCCUUUGGCCUGAGGCUCCCACUGCCCUAGCCAGUUCCCGGGCUCACUUCCAGCUUUUCCAGAAAGCUUGGCCACGCCCCUCGGCCCAGACUCUCAGGCCACUCGGCCGCAAUUAACCCUCGUCUCUGUGCCUUUUUAGGCCCCUCCCUCUCAGUCGUGCCCUUCCUAUGUCUUAGGCCCCGUCUCACCCUUUCGGAUGCCUCCCCUAGGAACCUACCACUUUCCACCCCUUUCCGUCUGUUAUUUGUCCCCAACCUGCGCCCGCAUAGGCCCCUCUGGAACGCCCCUGCCGCGUGAGUGCCCCUCGUUCCCGCUCAGGAGAGGAAGAGCCUGCGUGCCGCGCAUCUCUGGCCUGGGGAGCGGGUGGAGUAAACCUGCGGGCACCAUUUUACGACAACGUGCGGCUGUGCGGCGUGGCUGACGGCAAAGCCGCGCUGCUGUUGGAGAGGUCACUCCGGAGACGGCGUUGGUGUUGGGGUGUGGGGGGUUGGUGGCACUAUGUGGCGCGUCUGUGCGCGACGGGCCCAGAAUGUAGCCCCAUGGGCGGGACUCGAGGCUCGGUGGACGGUCUUGCAGGAGGUACCCGGAACUCCACGAGUGUCCUCGCGAUUUGGCCCGGCUCCGGCUCGUCGCAGCAGCGCGACUACAGGGUAUGGAGGGGUCCGGGCACUGUGCGGCUGGACCCCCAGCUCUAGGGCCACGCCGCGGAACCGCCUACUGCUGCAGCUUUUGGGGUCGCCUGGCCGCCGCUGUUACAGUCUUCCCCCGCAUCAGAAGGUUCCAUUGCCUUCUCUUUCCCCCACAAUGCAGGCAGGCACCAUAGCCCGUUGGGAAAAAAAAGAAGGGGACAAAAUCAACGAAGGUGACCUAAUUGCAGAAGUUGAAACUGAUAAAGCCACUGUUGGAUUUGAGAGCCUGGAGGAGUGUUAUAUGGCAAAGAUACUUGUUGCUGAAGGUACCAGGGAUGUUCCCAUUGGAGCGAUCAUCUGUAUCACAGUUGGCAAGCCUGAAGAUAUUGAGGCUUUUAAAAAUUAUACAUUGGAUUCCUCGCCAGCACCUACCCCACAGGCGACCCCAGCACCAACCCCUGCUGCCACUGCUUCACCACCUGUACCUUCUGCUCAGGCUCCUGGUAGCUCAUAUCCCCCUCACAUGCAGGUACUUCUUCCUGCCCUCUCUCCCACCAUGACCAUGGGCACAGUUCAGAGAUGGGAAAAAAAAGUGGGUGAGAAGCUAAGUGAAGGAGACUUAUUGGCAGAGAUAGAGACUGACAAAGCCACUAUAGGUUUUGAAGUACAGGAAGAAGGUUAUCUGGCAAAAAUCCUGAUCCCUGAAGGCACAAGAGAUGUCCCUCUAGGAACCCCACUCUGUAUCAUUGUAGAAAAAGAGGCAGAUAUAUCAGCAUUUGCUGACUAUAGGCCAACUGAAGUAACAGAUUUAAAACCACAAGCACCACCACCUACCCCACCCCCGGUGGCCACUGUUCCUCCAACUCCCCAGCCUUUAGUUCCUACACCUUCAGCACCCUGCCCAGCUACUCCUGCUGGACCAAAGGGAAGGGUGUUUGUUAGCCCUCUUGCAAAGAAGUUGGCAGUAGAGAAAGGGAUUGAUCUUACGCAAGUAAAAGGGACAGGACCAGAUGGUAGAAUCACCAAGAAGGAUAUUGACUCUUUUGUGCCUAGUAAAGCUGCUCCUGCUCCAGCAGCUGUUGUGCCUCCCACAGGUCCUGGAAUGGCACCAGUUCCUACAGGUGUCUUCACAGAUAUCCCAAUUAGCAACAUUCGUCGGGUUAUUGCACAGCGAUUAAUGCAAUCAAAGCAAACCAUACCUCAUUAUUACCUUUCUAUAGAUGUAAAUAUGGGAGAAGUUUUGUUGGUACGGAAAGAACUUAAUAAGAUUUUAGAAGGGAGAAGCAAAAUUUCUGUCAAUGACUUCAUCAUAAAAGCUUCAGCUUUGGCAUGUUUAAAAGUUCCCGAAGCAAAUUCUUCUUGGAUGGACACAGUUAUAAGACAAAAUCAUGUUGUUGAUGUCAGUGUUGCAGUCAGUACUCCUGCAGGACUCAUCACACCUAUUGUGUUUAAUGCACAUAUAAAAGGACUGGAAACCAUUGCCAAUGAUGUUGUUUCUUUAGCAGCCAAAGCAAGAGAGGGUAAACUACAGCCACACGAAUUCCAGGGUGGCACUUUUACGAUCUCCAAUUUAGGAAUGUUUGGAAUUAAGAAUUUCUCUGCUAUUAUUAACCCACCUCAAGCAUGUAUUUUGGCAAUUGGUGCUUCAGAGGAUAAACUGGUUCCAGCAGAUAAUGAAAAAGGGUUUGAUGUGGCUAGCAUGAUGUCUGUUACACUCAGUUGUGAUCACCGGGUGGUGGAUGGAGCAGUUGGAGCCCAGUGGCUUGCUGAGUUUAGAAAGUACCUUGAAAAACCUGUCACCAUGUUGUUGUAACUAACUCAAGAAUUUCUAAGCUCUCCCAGGUCACAGUGAUUCAUUCUUACUAAGAUAUUUAUGCUAUUAAACAGGUGGUUCUUUUUAUUUUAACCAGUUAUUUUUAUUAUUGAGUCUGUCCAGAUAAGCUAUUUAUAAUGGGCAUUACUGAAUUUUUAAAAUGCCGAUUACACCCAAAUAUUGUGCACAUUUAAUAAUCCGACACCAGAUUUUUAGCUCUGUACUCCUAAUUAAGGGACAUGUGGCCUUGCCUAGCCCUCUGGUGAUAAGUACUUCCACUAGGAAAUGUAGAAUAGGUAGAACCUAAAGAAAAGGACAUAAAGGUAACUCGGAUGGAACCUUGAAAUUCUGAAAUUUAAUCACCUAAAAUGUUCUCCUUAGAUGUGAGAGAAGGAGAAAUCAGGAAAAUUAAUUCUCGUGGGGGAAGGGCUUGAAUUGAAGCUUUACUUUAGAAUUUAACCCUGGUUUGAAAUUUUCCAUUACAUGAUCUUGGUUUACCAUCGAUGGGAAGGGUAGAAAACUUCAAGGAAAAUAAGUGAAAUUUUCAAAGUCAACAUUUUCUUAGACCUUUUCAGCUGAUUGUUUAUUUUUCUAUGAAUCCCUAUACAUGGUUGUUUCUCCUCUCUUGAGAUAAUCUAAAUAUAAACCAGCUACUUGAUAUAAAUGAGAAUUUGUGUGGAUAUUUAUUUAAACAAAUGUGUAAUUUUGAGUACAGAAUUCAACAGUUACCUCCAAAAGAGAAACAUUCUUAAUAGAAUUUAACAGAAGUUGUGAAACUAAAAUUUUCCAAGAUUAACUGGUAGUUCAUUGUAAAUGAACCUAAUGAACAGAAUUUAUUACUUCACUGUGGAAAAUGCUAUCAAAUAACUGAGGAAUAGAUAUGGAAUAAGUGUACAUAUGUAAAAUAUGGUUACUAGAGUUAGAUAUGUGCCAAAGUUCAUUUAUCCCAAAUCCUGUCUGAAAAGAAGAGGAGGGGUACAUUAGUAAACAUUUUGGAGUGCUUAAAAAUGCCAAAAACAAAAUGGUAGUUUCUACUUGGAUAAAGUAAAAAAGUUAAAUGUGUGUAAAAGAGUGUUCUGUGUCCCUCUACUCCAGCAUCGUCCCAUGUAAAAUAAGAAAGCCCUAAAAUACUGUUGGAGAGAAAAAAUUAACUAGGUUGCUACCUUAUUAGCCUAAGUACUUUUUUCCAUUUUGUUAGAUUUUGCCUUUCUUUUGGAGGGAAGGAGGGAGGCGAUAUUCUGGAUUAUAAAAAUGAAUUGGGAACAUUAUCACAAUUCUAGACUUUCUGUUAAUAUUUAUGUGUUUUAAUAAAUGUUUGAAAUUAUUUAUGACUACUUAAAAUGAAUCUGACCAGUGCUUCUUAUAUAUGUAAUAUGUGGAGUUAGCCCCUGAAAUUUGCUUUAAGUGUUUCAGUGUUGAAUCUGUUUCUAAAUAUUCAUUAUUACAUGGUGCACAAGUGACACUCCAUAUAUUCCACACAGACUUUUACCUUGCUGUAUUAUUAUGAAAACAAUACAUUAAUCUGAUUUUUCAGUAAUUAGUAAUUUUAGGUUGAAAAUUAUCCAAAAGAAACAAGUUUAUCACAAUGGACCAUCAUCAAUAUGAUCCAAAUCUGGUUCAAACAUUCAAAACUUCAAAGAGAAUUCAUCUUUCGCUAAUGCUUGUGGUUCUGUUGUUCCCUUGAAAAAAUAAAAAUAAAAAUUAGUUGCCUUCUAA